CUGUUUAUUAACAGGUCAUCUGUUACUGUAGUACAUGUUGUGACAGGUUAUUAACUAUACCACUCCUGUUUAUUAACAGAUCAUCUGUUGCUGUAAUACACAUCAACGUCACCGACACCAAUAACAUUACACCGGAGUUUCAAGGUGCCCCUUAUGAAGCAGCAGUUGGAGAGUCUCUCCCAGCAGGAACCUUUGUUACCCGUGUUAUGGCUAAAGACCCGGAUGUUGACACAGUUCUGACAUUUUCAAUCAUUAGGGGGAACGAUGAACAAAAGUUCGUUAUCGACUCCAGAAAUGGACAAGUACUAACAGCUGACGUCCUAGAUUACGAACAGCGACAGUCCUAUGAUCUUCUGGUUCAGGUUUCUGACGGCGUCAACACGGCUGCCACACCCUUGUCAGUAAAGGUGGUAGAUAUCAAUGACAGACAGCCUGUUUUCACUCACAACUAUUAUAACUUUUCUGUUGUGGAGGAAAUUCGACAAAAUAUAACAAUUGGAAGUGUUCUGGCUAUUGACAGUGACUCAGGUAAAAACGCUGCAGUUCGGUACAGCAUCCUCGGAAGUAGGGCUAGCAAAGUUUUCCGUAUAGACCAAAGAGGAAAUAUCUUCACCCAACGGAGCCUUGACAGAGAAACAGAGACGAAACUAGAAUUUCUAGUGGUUGCGUUUGACGGAGGUUUACCUCAGCUGAGCGGGACAUCAACCGUGAUGGUCUACGUAGAAGACAUUAAUGACAACCCCCCGACUUUCGAAAGCGACAACUACGUUGUCAACGUUCCCGAAGAAAGAGAACCGCCUUACAAAGUGUUCGAGAUCAUAGCUGAAGACAAGGAUUCUGGAGAAAAUGCAGAAAUGAAAUACAACAUCAUCGGCGGGAACGAAAAUAACGCAUUUGAGAUCGACGAAGACAGCGGUAUCGUGUACACAGCCGAUAAACUAAACUAUGAAGACCAGUCUGAACACAAGUUGGAAAUCGUCGCAAGAAACACUAAACCAUUCCAAGGACCAACUGCUGUAAACCUUGCGAACCCUGUAGUCCAGCUCAUAGUGAGAGUACAGGAUAUCAACGAUGGGGCAGUGGUUUUCAGUCAACCUUCUUAUCAGUACGGAAUUUUGGAGAACACCCCCAGAGCAGAAUCCAUUGGAUUUGUGAACGCCACCAAUUUUGGACGAUCCCCUCAAGACCAGGACAUCACCUAUUGGAUUGGAGAAGGGAAUGACAACGAUCUCUUCUGGGUUAAUCCAAACACAGGGAUGGUAAUUCUCAUGGACACAUUGGAUGCCGACCCACCUGCCAAUCAACGACUGUUUAAUCUGAAAGUAUGUGUUUCAUAA